AUGGGAUUAUAUUUAAUUCUGUUCCUUGUGCUUUUUAGCAUAACAGAGUAAACCAUGAUCUCUAGAUUAUUGUGGCCUUUGGUUUUGCUGGAUCUUCAUGCAUUUCUAGUAGAAAACACCAAUGAAGAAAAAAGAAAUGGAGUCAGAAAACAGAAGAACAAACCGUUUGUUUCAAAUGCAGUAGAAAAAUAUCCCAAUUCAAGUGAUCAAGAUGAAGACUGUAUCCUGGAAAUGGCCUUCCUCCUGGACAGUUCAGAGAGUGCUAAGAACUUCAAUCAUGAGCAGCAGAAAAAGUUUGUCUUGGAGACAGUAGACAGAAUGAAAGGCCUUCAGCUCAGCUCUGGCCGCACACUCAGCUGGAGGACUGCCUUACUUCAGUACAGCAGCACUGUCCUUAUUGAGCAAACGUUUAGAGACUGGAAGGGCCCCGAAGCUUUUAAGUCUCGAAUUGCUCCCAUUACAUACAUUGGCCAUGGGACCUAUACCACCUACGCCAUUACGAAUCUCACUCAGCUCUAUAUGAAUGAGGGAACUCAUGGUAGCGUGAAAGUUGCCGUGUUGCUGACCGAUGGGGCAGACCAUCCGAGAAAUCCAGAUAUUUUUUCAGCUACUGCCGAUGCUAAACAUCAAGGUAUUGCGUUCUUCACCGUGGGAAUGACCAGAGUAGCCGAGGAGGUGGCCAAUGCUGCCAAACUCCGGCUAUUGGCCAGUGUUCCAGCCUCCAGGUUUGUCUUCAAUCUACAGGAAAAAGACGUGGUGGAGAGAAUCCUCAAAGAAAUGAAAGAUCUGGCAGAAGAAGGGUGUCCUCAGCCUCCUGUAUGUAACUGUGAAAAAGGAGACAAGGGCCUUCCUGGCCCUGCUGGUAAAAAAGGUCGCCCCGGGGAUGAUGGAGCGCCUGGUGCAAAAGGAGGAAAGGGGGAGCCAGGCUUAAAUGGAAUUCCAGGAAGAGAUGGGACAGAGGGGAAAUCUGGAUACAAAGGAGAAAAGGGUGAAAGAGGUGAAUGUGGAACACCGGGCAUAAAAGGAGACCGAGGUCCAGAAGGCCCAGGUGGUCCAAGAGGUCCCCGUGGUCUGCAGGGGCCCCAAGGAGUGCCUGGAGAUCAAGGACCUGAAGGAGUGCAAGGAUCAAAGGGGGAAAGAGGCCUCCCAGGCCCUGCUGGAUUGACUGGAGAAACGGGAGUCGGAUUGCCUGGCCCAAAGGGAGACAUUGGCUUGACAGGCAGACCAGGCCCACCUGGUCCGCCAGGUGUUGGGGAACCAGGUUUACCGGGAAGUCAAGGACCCCAAGGUAUUCAGGGAGAGCGAGGAUCCGAAGGAGAAGGGCUUCCAGGACCAAAGGGAGACCGUGGUUUUGAAGGUCCGAAAGGACCACGGGGCCAACCAGGCAUUGGCAUAAAGGGUGAAAAGGGUGAAAUAGGUCCACCUGGUUUGCCUGGGCCUAUUGGAUUACCUGGAAUUGGGAUUCAAGGCGAGAAAGGGGUAGAAGGCCCCAAAGGACCACUAGGACCAAGAGGACCACCUGGGCAGGGAUUACCUGGGCCAAAGGGUGACCAGGGUUUACCAGGAGAAACUGGAGCUCCAGGAGAAAGAGGCCUUGGAGAACCUGGUGCAAAGGGGGAGCCAGGUACUUCAGGUUUGGCAGGAUUACCUGGGCUUCCGGGAGAAGAUGGUGCACCAGGACAAAAGGGAGAACCAGGUUUACCUGGCCCACGUGGUCCAGAAGGUGCUCCUGGAAUUGGAAUUCAGGGUGAAAAGGGUGAUCAAGGUCAAAGAGGAAUACGUGGCUUAUCUGGACCAACCGGAGUACCUGGGCCUGCCGGGGCUAAAGGUGAACCUGGUUCCCCUGGACGUCUGGGAGUGCCAGGGCUUCCAGGACGUGCCAUUAUAGGACCCAAGGGUGAUAUUGGAUUACCUGGACCACCUGGACCAAUUGGAGAGCAAGGGAUAGGGAUUCCUGGGGCUAAGGGUGACCGUGGACACCCAGGACCUCCUGGUCCAUUCGGCCCCAAAGGAGAUGGCUAUCCAGGCUUAACUGGUCUUCCUGGUCUUCCUGGAGCUCCUGGAGAGCCAGGCCCUGAUGGGGUUGGAUUACCUGGACCAAAGGGUGAUCCAGGUGCCAGAGGACCAUCUGGUCUCCCAGGUCCAACAGGAGAAGGCCUUCCAGGACCAAAAGGAAAUAUUGGACGACAAGGACCUCCUGGUGCUUUAGGCCCACCUGGUGAAGGUAUACAAGGACCAAAGGGUGAACAGGGAAUUCAAGGAAUGCCAGGACCACGUGGGCCUCCUGGAGAAGGACUUCUAGGACCAAAGGGUGAUCGUGGAACUGCAGGAGAAAGAGGAAGAAAAGGCGAAAAGGGUAAUAUGGGAGACCCUGGAACAGCUGGAGAACCUGGUAGAACUGGACCCAAGGGAGAACAAGGUCUAACGAGAGAAGAUAUAAUUAAGUUAAUUAAAGAGAUAUGUGGUUGUGGCAUUAAAUGCAAGGAAAUACCUAUGGAGCUAGUGUUCGUGAUCGACAGUUCUGAAAGUGUUGGCCCAGAGAAUUUUGAGAUAAUCAAAGACUUUGUUACUGCCUUAGUGGACAGAGUAACUGUAGGGAGAAAUGCUACUAGAAUUGGACUUGUUCUCUACAGCCUGGAAGUUCGGCUUGAAUUUGGGCUGAAUAGGUACACAGCUCAACAGGAUGUGAAACAAGCUAUCAGAAAGAUGUUAUACAUGGGAGAAGGCACUUACACAGGAACUGCCAUCCGCAAAGCAACCCAAGAAGGCUUUUUCGGGGCUCGAACUGGUGUAAGGAAAGUUGCCAUAGUCCUAACCGAUGGGCAAGCCGAUAAGAGAGAAGCUGUUAAGCUGGAUAUUGCUGUCCGAGAAGCUCAUGCAGCCAACAUAGAAAUGUAUGCAAUUGGAAUUGUAAAUACUUCAGACCCAACACAAGUUGAGUUCUUACGUGAGCUGAAUCUAAUUGCAUCUGAUCCAGACAGAGAACAUAUGUAUCUUAUUGAUGAUUUUAAUACUCUUCCAGCUUUAGAGUCCAAACUUGUUAACCAGUUUUGUGAGGAUGAACAUGGUGCCUUAAUAUAUAACCGAGUUGGAAAUGGAGGAAGCAUCAGUGGAUCAUUGAUUCAUUCAGUAUCUUCUCACUCUUCACAACAUUUAUUACACAUGAACAAUAAGAAUGGACAAGCAGUAUCUUCAAGCACAUAUGAAGCAUCAAUGAAAGACAAUUCCAUAAACACUGGCCAGUUUUCUCAACCAUUAAUUCUGGAAAAAGGAUCACACAGAAUAUUUCUUAAGAACCAUGACAUGGUAUCCAACAAAAGUGAUGUUCCAGUCUUGCUUCCAGUUAACGGUAAAGUUACUUCGGCACUGCCAUUGCCAACAUCUUCACCACCACCAUCAUCCCUGCCAUCUCUAACAGCAGAAAAGACACUGCCACCAUCUCAUUCAUCCGUUUCUUCCAUGCCAUCUACCGUCAAGACAGUGAAUAUCCUGAGGCCUCCGCAGUGUCAGUUAAGAUUAGAUCAAGGACCAUGCCGCGUUUAUAUAAUAAAAUGGUAUUAUGAUAAGCAAGCUGAUUCUUGUGCUCAGUUUUGGUAUGGUGGCUGCAAUGGGAAUGAUAAUCGCUUUGAUAGAGAAGAAGACUGUAAAAAGACAUGCGUACUUUUCUCUGGAGAUGCCUAA